AGCGGUCAUCUCAUCUGUCCUCUACAUCCUAGAUACCCAUUGCCUUUUAAAUCAGUGAUAAUGAAAUUUGUCUCCAGUCAGACUUUAUAGUCAACUAAGCACCUUUCCAUUUCACCAUUACCUCCCAACACUCGAUAAUACUCGACCUCUCCCAACCAAUUGUCAGGGAUCAUGGCGACCCGUCGCGCUCUACGCACCCUCAACCACCUCACUACCCGGCGCGCUCACUCUACUACCUCUGUCUCCGCCAAUGAGCUCUCCCAUUUUUCGGCGCUGGCCAGCAGCUGGUGGGAUCCUCAAGGCCCGUCGCGCGUGCUUCAUCUCAUGAACCCCCUUCGCCAUGACUUCAUCGCAUCCUGCCUAUCCGAAGCCCUUCCUCCUCCGUCUGCCUCCGCUUCCUCUUCGGCCUCCACCUCCUCAACCAUCCCCGCACCGAAUCCCAACACCCUGCGAUACCUCGACAUUGGCUGCGGCGGCGGCAUCUUCGCCGAAUCCCUCGCGCGGAGCAUCAGCGCCUCCCCGACCACCACUACUGCCACACCGACCCGCGCCGCCUCCAUCACAGCCAUCGACCCUUCGACCACGCUGAUCAAGAUCGCUCGCGACCACGCGCGCCUGGAUCCCAUGGUGGACGCGCACCUCCGCGCCGGCCGCUUCGAGUACAAGAACUGCACCUUGGAGGAUCUGAUCGCAUCAUUAUCAUCAUCAUCAUCGCAACAAGCCUCUCCUUCUCCUUCUUCUUCUUCUUCUUCUUCUUCUUCCUCCUCUCUCCCCAGCUCAUCUCCAUCUAUCUCUACCCCCAUCGUUACCGCUCCUGCUGCUCCUGCUCCUCAAAAAUACGACAUCGUCACCCUCUUUGAAGUCAUCGAACACAUCGAAUCCACCCCAUCGGCGGGGAUUUCGCCGCAAUCCUUCCUGACGGACUGCCUUCGACUCGUCCGGCCGGGUGGCUGGCUCAUCGGUUCGACGAUUGCCCGCACCUUCCCGUCGUGGCUGGUCAAUCAGGUGAUCGCCGAGGCACCCUGGCCGAUCGGGGUCGUGCCCCGCGGGACGCACGAGUGGCAGAAGUUUGUAAACCCGGAUGAGCUGGAAGGCUGGGUGCAGGAGGGUUUGAUGCGCGGGGCGGACGGAGUGGCCAAGGCGGGCGCUGCGGUGCUGGAUGGCAUGCGAUGGAAGUGUGUUGGAGUGGUGUAUGUCCCGGGGCUGGGGUGGAAAUUAGUGCCCGGGUCGGAGAGCUGGGGCAAUUAUUUCUGGGCGGUUCGCAAGGGGAUUUGAAGAUACUACGAGUGCAGAGGAGUGCCAAUUUAUAGGAAUCCUGCUUGGACUCAUGAUGUCAGGAUUUGAUAUGUGUGAUAGAUGGGGUCUAUCUAUGUAUGAUAUGUAUGAAUAAACUACUAGGGUUCACUCAUGCGACCUUU